CACACACACACACACACACACACACACACACAGGUGACCUAUUCUCUCUUCCUCACGAGACACACACUCCAUCACACACUCUCCUCUGUGGAAUUCUCCAGUGUAGAAGUGUUCCAAAUGAGACCAACGUAUCCAUGUCCUACCAAGGGAAUAUAAAGCCCUUUAAAUACACUAAUUGGAAAUCAGAGCUCCUUAGUCUGAAUCCCAAACAGCACCUUAUUCCCUAAAGAGUGCAAUGAGUUUGACCAGGGCUCAUAGGGUUUUGGUCAAAAGUAGUGCACUACGUAGGGAAUAGGGGAGAGACACAGCAUCCUGUGGAGAGCAACACAUUACAGGUUACUGGGGGAAUGGAAGAGAUUAAUGUAGGGGAAUGGAAGAGAUUAAUGUAGGGGAAUGGAAGAGAUUCAUGUAGGGGAAUGGAAGAGAUUCAUGUAGGGGAAUGGAAGAGAUUCAUGUAGGGGAAUGGGAGAGACUAAUGUAGGGGAAUGGAAGAGAUUCAUGUAGGGGAAUGGAAGAGAUUAAUGUAGGGGAAUGGAAGAGAUUCAUGUGGGGAAUGGAAGAGAUUAAUGUAGGAGAAUGGAAGAGAUUAAUGUAGGGGAAUGGAAGAGAUUCAUGUAGGGGAAUGGAAGAGAUUAAUGGAGGGGAAUGGAAGAGAUUAAUGUAGGGGAAUGGAAGAGAUUAAUGUAGGGGAAUGGAGGAGAUUAAUGUAGGGGAAUGGAAGAGAUUGAUGUAGGGGAAUGGAAGAGAUUAAUGUAGGGGAAUGGAAGAGAUGAAUGUAGGGGAAUGGAUGAGAUUAAUGUAGGGGAAUGGAAGAGAUUAAUGUAGGGGAAUGGAAGAGAUGAAUGUAGGGGAAUGGAAGAGAUUAAUGUAGGGGAAUGGAUGAGAUUAAUGUAGGGGAAUGGAAGAGAUUAAUGUAGGGGAAUGGAAGAGAUGAAUGUAGGGGAAUGGAAGAGAUUCAUGUAGGGGAAUGGAAGAGAUUCAUGUAGGGGAAUGGAGGAGAUUAAUGUAGGGGAAUGGAAGAGAUUAAUGUAGGGGAAUGGAAGAGAUUAAUGUAGGGGAAUGGAAGAGAUUAAUGUAAGGGAAUGGAAGAGAUGAAUGUAGGGGAAUGGAUGAGAUUAAUGUAGGGGAAUGGAAGAGAUUAAUGUAGGGGAAUGGAAGAGAUUAAUGUAGGGGAAUGGAAGAGAUUAAUGUAGGGGAAUGGAUGAGAUUAAUGUAGGGGAAUGGAAGAGAUUAAUGUAGGGGAAUGGAAGAGAUGAAUGUAGGGGAAUGGAAGAGAUUCAUGUAGGGGAAUGGAAGAGAUUAAUGUAGGGGAAUGGAGGAAAUUAAUGUAGGGGAAUGGAAGAGAUUAAUGUAGGGGAAUGGAAGAGAUUAAUGUAGGGGAAUGGAAGAGAUUGAUGUAGGGGAAUGGAAGAGAUUAAUGUAGGGGAAUGGAAGAGAUUAAUGUAGGGGAAUGGAGGAGAUUAAUGUAGGGGAAUGGAAGAGAUUAAUGUAGGGGAAUGGAAGAGAUGAAUGUAGGGGAAUGGAAUAGAUUCAUGUAGGGGAAUGGAAGAGAUUCAUGUAGGGGAAUGGGUGUCACAUUGAUUCAACACAGAUUCUAGAUCAUAUUUCAAUGACAGAAGUGAGCAGGAGGGGAGGAAGCUGUAGGUGUGAAUUAAUGUUUCCUCAGGCAAGGGAAGGCAACGCAAGGCCGUGUUAACACCCACACUCUGGUGAUAUUAGGCACACACACACACACACACACACACACACACACACACACACACACACACACACACACACACACACACAUACAUGUACACACACACACAGGUGGUAUAGGGCCAUAGUGAUAUUAACUGUAAGGGAAUGAGUGGAAGGGGGCAGGCUGAGGUCAGAGGUUGGAUCCUGAAGACAUUCUUAGGGAAGCCCACGGGUGGGUUAACUGCUGCUUUCUUAGAGAUGCCCACGGGUGGGUUAACUGCUGCUUUCUUAGUGAUGCCCAUGGGUGGGUUAACUGCUGCUUUCUUAGGGAUGCCCAUGGGUGGGUUAACUGCUGCUUUCUUAGGGAUGCCCACGGGUGGGUUAACUGGCUUUAAACAAAUAGGCAUUCAGCUUAAUGUGUUUGUGAGAUGUGUUGUGUUGAAGUCAAGGUCUUCUCUAAGAUGUGCUGUGUUGAAGUCAAGGUCUAGUCUAAGAUGUGCUGUGUUGAAGUCAAGGUCUAGUCUAAGAUGUGCUGUGUUGAAGUCAAGGUCUUCUCUAAGAUGUGCUGUGUUGAAGUCAAGGUCUUCUCUAAGAUGUGCUAUGUUGAAGUCAAGGUCUACUCUAAGAUGUGCUGUGUUGAAGUCAAGGUCUUCUCUAAGAUGUGCUGUGUUGAAGUCAAGGUCUACUCUAAGAUGUGCUGUGUUGAAGUCAAGGUCUUCUCUAAGAUGUGCUGUGUUGAAGUCAAGGUCUUCUCUAAGAUGUGCUGCGUUGAAGUCAAGGUCUAGUCUAAGAUGUGUUGAAGUCAAGGUCUAGUCUACGAUGUGCUGUGUUGAAGUCAAGGUCUUCUCUAAGAUGUGUUGUGUUGAAGUCAAGGUCUAGUCUACGAUGUGUUGUGUUGAAGUCAAGGUCUACUCUAAGAUGUGCUGUGUUGAAGUCAAGGUCUUCUCUAAGAUGUGCUGUGUUGAAGUCAAGGUCUACUCUAAGAUGUGCUGUGUUGAAGUCAAGGUCUUCUCUAAGAUGUGCUGUGUUGAAGUCAAGGUCUACUCUAAGAUGUGCUGUGUUGAAGUCAAGGUCUUCUCUAAGAUGUGCUGUGUUGAAGUCAAGGUCUACUCUAAGAUGUGCUGUGUUGAAGUCAAGGUCUUCUCUAAGAUGUGCUGUGUUGAAGUCAAGGUCUACUCUAAGAUGUGCUGUGUUGAAGUCAAGGUCUUCUCUAAGAUGUGUUGUGUUGAAGUCAAGGUCUACUCUAAGAUGUGCUGUGUUGAAGUCAAGGUCUACUCUAAGAUGUGUUGUGUUGAAGUCAAGGUCUACUCUAAGAUGUGCUGUGUUGAAGUCAAGGUCUACUCUAAGAUGUGCUGUGUUGAAGUCAAGGUCUUCUCUAAGAUGUGCUGUGUUGAAGUCAAGGUCUACUCUAAGAUGUGCUGUGUUGAAGUCAAGGUCUUCUCUAAGAUGUGCUGUGUUGAAGUCAAGGUCUACUCUAAGAUGUGCUGUGUUGAAGUCAAGGUCUUCUCUAAGAUGUGUUGUGUUGAAGUCAAGGUCUACUCUAAGAUGUGUUGUGUUGAAGUCAAGGUCUACUCUAAGAUGUGCUGUGUUGAAGUCAAGGUCUACUCUAAGAUGUGCUGUGUUGAAGUCAAGGUCUUCUCUAAGAUGUGUUGUGUUGAAGUCAAGGUCUACUCUAAGAUGUGUUGUGUUGAAGUCAAGGUCUACUCUAAGAUGUGCUGUGUUGAAGUCAAGAUCUACUCUAAGAUGUGCUGUGUUGAAGUCAAAGUCUACUCUAAGAUGUGUUGUGUUGAAGUCAAGGUCUACUCUAAGAUGUGUUGUGUUGAAUUGAAGGUCUUUUCAUUUCAAUUCAACCAAAAAACAACAUAGACUUACAGGUUAAUUGUCAGUUACAUACUCUAAGAUGUGUUGUGUUAUAGUCUGGGCCUGUUCAUUGUGUUGUAGUCUGGGCCUGUUCAUUGUGUUGAAGUCUGGGCCUGUUCAUUGUGUUGAAGUCGGGGCCUGUUCAUUGUGUUGUAGUCUGGGCCUGUUCAUUGUGUUGAAGUCGGGGCCUGUUCAUUGUGUUGAAGUCAGGGCCUGUUCAUUGUGUUGAAGUCGGGGCCUGUUCAUUGUGUUGAAGUCUGGGCCUGUUCAUUGUGUUGAAGUCGGGGCCUGUUCAUUGUGUUGAAGUCUGGGCCUGUUCAUUGUGUUGAAGUCGGGGCCUGUUCAUUGUGUUGAAGUCUGGGCCUGUUCAUUGUGUUAUAGUCUGGGCCUGUUCAUUGUGUUGAAGUCUGGGCCUGUUCAUUGUGUUGAAGUCGGGGCCUGUUCAUUGUGUUGAAGUCUGGGCCUGUUCAUUGUGUUGUAGUCUGGGCCUGUUCAUUGUGUUGAAGUCGGGGCCUGUUCAUUGUGUUGAAGUCGGGGCCUGUUCAUUGUGUUGAAGUCUGGGCCUGUUCAUUGUGUUAUAGGCUGGGCCUGUUCAUUGUGUUGAAGUCUGGGCCUGUUCAUUGUGUUGAAGUCGGGGCCUGUUCAUUGUGUUGAAGUCGGGGCCUGUUCAUUGUGUUAUAGUCUGGGCCUGUUCAUUGUGUUGAAGUCGGGGCCUGUUCAUUGUGUUAUAGUCUGGGCCUGUUCAUUGUGUUGUAGUCUGGGCCUGUUCAUUGUGUUGAAGUCUGGGCCUGUUCAUUGUACCAUGGGUGCUUGUGUGUGUGCUUGUGCGUGUGCGUGUGUGUGUGUGUGUGCCUGUGUGUGUGUGUG